AUGUCCCCAGAAGCCCAGCUCGAAGAAAUAUGCGACCAGAUGCAGGCACUAGACAUCCAAGCAUCCGCAUUCCGACAAAUUAAUAUCGACCUUUGGGACAACGAUAUCACACACGACGAAAAGGACAAGAUCGCAGUAACGACAUAUGUGGCAAAGUUCAUAUUCAUCGUUCAAUCUGGCAGUGAUCAAGGAUACGACCUCCUUGGUUACUUCCAACAGCAUUUUGAAGAAUGGACCGAAGACACAUGGGACCGCGCCCGAAUGAAUACAAGAGAGCCCUCAGGAAACUACUAA